UCAACUCGAGAACAGAGGCCUUUCUUUCUCAGUCGAUGGGCACCAUUCACGUUGAAAAGGCUGUUUCACUUUGCAGUCGCCAUCAAGCGCCCUUGUUCUUUCACUAACAAAGACCGGCCCACUUUUUCUCCCUUAUUCUCUUCUAAAUUUUCACCUUGAUCAAAGCAAAAAACAGUUCUUUUUCGCACACAGUCUCUCAAGUUUUUAAAGCAAAUCACAAACCUUAACUACCAAGAAACCCCCUUGCACGUUAUUAAAUUAGCCGGCUUUUUCCCUUGUUUUAUUCGUGACGUCCGAAAUUUCGCCAACAUUGAAGAAAAUGGAGGUUAUGCCGUUGCCAGUUGCUUUUGAUUUUACUGAAGAUGUAUGGAACACGAGCCUAGAAGAUGCGGAGGAGCAAACGGCGAGAGACGUGCUAGCUGAAUUAUUGGCUGCCGAGUUGCGCCAAGCUCGGGCGAGGUAUCGCUUAUCCAAUGGCCAGCAACAAAGAGCGCCCAAUGAAAUUUUGUUGCCUGCCGGAAUCCUCCAGUCCAUAGCCAGGGACAUACUUACCGCAUCAGCUGACGAGCCCUGCGGAAUUAGGGGGUGUAUGGUGUUUAUUGAUUUUGAAGAACCCAACAACCGCAAUAACAAUGAUCGGAAGCAACGGAUCGGAGCCGUCAAAUGCCAUCCGUACACGGUCAACACAUUCGAAUUGUACCUGACGCUCCGUCCACACACUUCCUGGACUUCAAAGCUUCCACUGUUUCUCCAAAAUCUGGCUUACCGUUCUACAAUGGUCAUCAGUCAAGACUACUCUCUGGUGAAACGUAAACUCUUCCGCUCAUCUAGUCAGUAGAGGAAGACAAAUAUUAAGAAAUAGAGGGGCAGCUCCUAGCCAGGAUGGAUCUGUCUGCGGAUUUAUCUGGAAAGGAUGCUGAAGACGACGACGAGCAAUCUCUUUGCACAGAGGGGUGUGUACCCGCCCGCCACCACACACACACAUUAUUAUUAUUAUUACUAUUAAUAUCUCUUUUCGUGGGAAGUUGUGUCUUUCAUAUUGGAACAAAGGUAACAAAAAUGAUAAAAAAAAGAAUAAUGUACUAGAGUUCUAAACAAAAAAAGAUAAUAUUGUAUUACGUGCUGAAAAUUUAUGUUUAAAGACGAUAAAGAAAAGAAACAAAAAAAUAAGAGUUCAUCAUCCCACCAUUUCUUUUUUCGGUAGCAAAAAUCUCCUUCUCGUCCAAGUUUGUGUGAUUCUAUUUCGAAGAAGAAAAGCU